AUGGCAUCAGAUAUUCCUGGCUCGGUGGCCUUGCCAGUGGCACCAAUGGCAAGUGGACAAGUGAGAAUGGCAGGAUCCAUGCCUUCCAGAGGAGGAAAGCGCCGCUCUGGAAUGGACUUCGAUGAUGAAGAUGGGGAGGGACCCAGCAAAUUUUCAAGGGAGAAUCAUAGUGAAAUUGAGAGACGCAGGAGAAAUAAGAUGACACAGUACAUCACCGAACUGUCUGAUAUGGUACCCACUUGUAGCGCGUUGGCUCGUAAACCUGACAAGUUGACAAUUCUUCGGAUGGCUGUUUCACACAUGAAAUCUAUGAGGGGCACUGGAAACAAAUCUACUGAUGGAGCUUACAAGCCUUCGUUCCUUACAGAACAGGAACUGAAACAUCUUAUCCUGGAGGCUGCAGAUGGGUUCCUGUUUGUAGUUGCAGCUGAGACGGGAAGAGUGAUCUAUGUAUCAGAUUCUGUGACUCCUGUGCUGAACCAGCCACAGUCUGAAUGGUUUGGCAGCACUUUGUACGAACAAGUUCAUCCAGACGACGUGGAAAAGCUGCGAGAGCAACUAUGUACCUCCGAAAAUUCUAUGACAGGGCGAAUCCUGGACUUGAAGACUGGAACAGUAAAGAAGGAAGGUCAGCAGUCUUCAAUGAGAAUGUGCAUGGGAUCAAGGCGCUCUUUCAUUUGCAGGAUGAGGUGUGGAAAUGCUCCUCUGGAUCAUUUACCUCUGAACAGAAUAACCACCAUGAGAAAAAGAUACAGGAAUGGCCUCGGCCCAGUAAAAGAAGGGGAAGCGCAGUAUGCUGUUGUCCAUUGCACUGGCUAUAUCAAGGCUUGGCCACCAGCAGGAAUGACUAUACCAGAAGAAGAUGCUGAUGUGGGACAAGGUAGUAAAUAUUGCCUUGUGGCAAUAGGAAGGCUUCAGGUAACUAGUUCUCCAGUGUGCAUGGACAUGAAUGGCAUGUCAGUCCCAACUGAGUUCUUGUCUAGGCACAAUUCUGAUGGAGUCAUCACCUUCGUCGACCCAAGGUGCAUCAGCGUCAUUGGCUACCAGCCCCAGGAUCUUCUGGGGAAAGAUAUUUUAGAAUUCUGCCAUCCUGAAGAUCAAAGCCAUUUGAGGGAGAGUUUCCAACAGGUUGUGAAACUGAAAGGUCAAGUCCUGUCUGUGAUGUAUCGUUUUCGUACCAAAAACCGGGAAUGGAUGCUGAUCAGAACCAGCAGCUUCACAUUUCAGAAUCCUUAUUCCGAUGAGAUUGAAUACAUCAUCUGCACCAACACUAAUGUAAAGCAACUGCAGCAACAGCAAGCAGAACUUGAAGUACAUCAAAGAGAUGGGCUGUCAUCCUAUGAUUUAUCUCAGGUGCCUGUUCCCAGUAUACCAGCUAACGUUCAUGAGGGUGGAAAGUCUGUGGAAAAGCCUGAUGCUAUCUUCUCCCAAGAGAGAGAUCCUAGAUUUGCUGAGAUGUUUGCUGGAAUGACUGCUUCAGAUAAAAAAAUGAUGGCCUCAGCAUCCACAGCAGGAAGCCAGCAGCUUUACUCACAGGGAAGCCCAUUUCAGCCAGGACAUUCGGGAAAGACUUUCAGCUCAUCUGUGGUACAUGUGCCUGGUGUGAACGACAUCCAGUCUUCUUCAUCAACCGGCCAGAAUCUGACACAGAUAUCUCGCCAGCUAAAUCAGAGUCAGGUUGCCUGGACAGGAAAUCGCCCACCAUUUCCAGGACAGCAAAUUCCAUCUCAGUCUGGCAAGGCUCAGUCAUCCCCCUUUGGGAUUGGAACAAGUCACACCUACCCAGCUGAUCCAUCGUCAUAUAGCCCUCUUUCCAGCCCAGCCACCUCGUCUCCAAGUGGGAAUGCCUACUCUAGCUUAGCAAACCGAAGUGCAGGGUUUGCUGAAGGUGGCCAGAGCAGCGGCCAGUUCCAGGGGAGACCUUCCGAAGUCUGGUCCCAGUGGCAGAGCCAACAUCACAACCAGCAAAGCGGCGACCAGCACUCGCACCCACAGACCAGUCAGACCGAGGUGUUCCAGGACAUGCUGCCAAUGCCGGGGGAUCCGACGCAGGGUACUGGCAAUUACAACAUUGAAGAUUUUGCUGACCUGGGCAUGUUUCCACCGUUUUCUGAGUAGCUUGCGAAGCAGAAAUGGAAGUUCUUCUCCAAGGCCAUUUCAGUGUAAUUUUGGCUCUGCUUUUUCUGUGUUGCAUUUCUGUAGAAGCUACUAAACCAGAAGACACAUUUCUCAUUUUUCAGAUAGUGGUGUAGGGCUUGCUCUCUCCUCCUUGGGGUGCAUCAGUGCUGACAGAGGAGCUCCAGCACUUGUUAGUGUUUAUU